CACCGCACCGCAGCAACACCGGCCGCUCGGAUCGUUGAACGUGACCAUGGCUCCCGCUCCCUUACCCACCGCCGCCGGCACCCAGGAGGGAACGGCCAAAGCUGCGGCGGCGGGUCUUCCCGCCCCGGCGGCGGAUGCUGCCUCCGCCAAGCCGGCAUCGGGAAUCACCAAGAAAACGACGGGGACGAAGAGCAGUUCCAAGACCGUCACCAAGGCCUCGGGGGCGGGCACCAAGGCCAAGAAGCCCGUCCGCAAGAAAAAGUCCACAAAGUCGUCCUCGUCCGCCGGGGGCAGCUCGCAGCUGUCGGCGUCCCGCGCGGCCCAGCUGGACCUGGCCUCUCAGCGCAGCGCGGCCGCCGCUCGCAAGUCGGAUCCCCUCUGGUAUCAGCUCGAGGACUACGUGCUGCCGGCCGUAGCGGAGGAGACGCCCAUGACGGAGGGCACCGGGGCCAAGAUCCUGCCCGAGCAGGUCCAGAUCGUGGAGGCGGCACUGGAGAAGAACGGCCUGACGCGGUCCGAUGUGACGCCACAGGCCUUUGCGUGUUUGCUAGAGCAGGCGCGGCGGUACGCCAUCGACAUCCUGACCGAUUCGCAGGACUACGCCUUUGUCGCGAACCGGACCGAGAUCACAAAGGCCGAUCUAGCGCUGGCCAACGAUUUCCGGCCCGAUCACCCAACGGCGGUCACCGCGCAACUCCCGAAACUCAACCUGCUGGCCCAGACCAUCAACCGGGUUCCCCUGCCACCGAUUCCAACGCAGUGUUAUUCGGGCGUCUUGYUGCCCUCCAAGCGCUUUCAGCUGACGGCCCGGACCUUUGACGUCGUCACGAGCGCACAGACGGCGCAAAAGAUGGUACAGGCGGUGCCGGCAUUCCCGGCCAAAGCCAAGACCAGCAGCACCGGCAGCAGCAGCGGCACUACCUCGAAGAAGGGAACGUCGAGCUCUUCCAAGAAAAGCACGAAAAAAGCACCGAGUUAUGGGGCGUCGCGGGGACGACAGAUUGCGAUCAAUCUCAAGGGAGACAACAACAAUAGCAACAAGGACAAGAUGGAUACGACAAAAUAGAUACAGAAUGGGACCAUUACCGUGCCAAAAAAUGGUUUGCGUGGCGUAUCGCAAAAAGGAUCUAUUCGAAGCACGCUCAUUCCGAGUUUCAGCAUUAAUAACGAACAUGAGACUAA